AUGGCUCCAUAUUCACUUGCUCUCCACACCACCCCUGCCACAUGUCGUCCGCCCUUCUUCUUUUUUUUCAUCCCAUCAAUCAUCCCCUGGCUUCAUUUCGAAGCCCACAUCCCUCUAUAUACCCUGGCUCGUUUCCAAACGUCAACUCGCUCUUACUGGCUUAGUUCGUGUCUUGGCGGAAUAUCGACCAAACACCUCCUGGCCUGCGUUUCUCCUAGACAAACGAACCACCAUCUCUCAGCUCGUACCACGCCCACCACCACGCACAGCAGUGACACCACAUGGUCGACCUCUUUUAGGCUUUCCGUCCCGUCUAUUCGUGCGAUUUCCAAGUUCGAGAUCGCGGGCCCCGGGUACCGCUUCACUGCCACCGUGACAUUGGACCGCCCGUGCUUCAUGCUGCCAGCAACCGGCAUGUACCUUCUUGGGUCUUCUACUCUGCCCACUGCUUCCUUUUCAGGUUGA